AUGGCAGCACGCGUUGGUCGGAUAGCGCGACUGACACUGUACUCUGGACCUCACUGUUCACUUUGCGACACAGCGAAGGCGGAGCUGGCCAAAGUGAAGCGGCAGCGCGCAUUCGAGCUCGAGACGAUCAACAUCCAGGACAAGGGGCAGGAAAGGUGGAAGCGGAAGUAUGUCUACUGGAUUCCGGCCCUUCAUGUGGAAGGCAAGGAAGUCGCGAAAGGCCGUUGGGAUGCACAGACGGUGACCGAGGCCCUGGACACUUGGGAGAAGAAUCCGUGGACGAAAGAGGACCAGGGGCAGAGCAAAUCCGCAUCUUUCAUUUCAAGAUAUCCACUAUUACGAGUAUUCUUGCGAUGCUUCAACUGUGGCUCGUCUGAUCAUGCCUUUUCAUCUUGUCCUGAACCUCGGAAUCAUGCCCUUAUAUCUCUGUCUCGACAACUCUUCACAUUCUUCAAGGAUGAUUCUAGUUGUGGAUUUCGUCGCAUACACGAAGUCGAAGAAUGGAAGCGUCAGCGCCUAGCGUGGCUGGAGGAGUUCGAGCCCGGAAAAAUCAGAGGGGAGAGACUACGUGAAGCAUUAUCCUUGUGCGACGGCGAUUCGGGAGAGAGUGUAGAGUGGUUGCGCAACAUGACAUACUGGGGAUAUCCGAACGGGUGGGUAGGCAGCGAGGAUCCUUGUGAACGUGUUUGGCAGAAGAUUUCAGGUGAAAUCGAGGACGGGGACGGACUCGACGACGACGAAGAUUGUGACUUGUUCUUGGUUUCUGGCGAUGAUGGACUGGAGGAACGUCUUGUGCUUUCGUCGUCCGCCUCCCCACCUACUCCGGCCGUUGCUACGGACCAAGAGGUCGAUGCUUCCGAGACGCAGUCGUCCUCUUCGUACACUCGUGCUUCUUCCAAGGAGGCAACGGUGCGCCGCUGGGCUAACUAUCCAGGCACAUACUUCCUGUCCUCUUUGCUUCCGGUCUACAAUGGACGUAGCUUACCCGCCCUAGAUGCCGGUCCAUCGUCCGACUCGGGCAUUGUCAGCUCCACAUUCGACGCCGAUCGCGAGGCUUUAUGGAACCGCAUCAUCUCUCAGUCUUCUGAUGUCCAUCGUCAGCAUGCCCAGAAUUCGUCCAUUGCAAGCUCAUUCCAUGCACUGAAUGAUGGUGCUCUCCCCUCACUGGAUCUCCCACCGCCACCGCCACCUGCCGCGACACCACCACCUCUGCCGCCUCCCUCAAUACCUCCUCCGCCUCUACCCCCUCCGCACGUCCCUUCCCCAACUUCCCCAGGACCCCAUGCUAGACUUUGUCUCGUUAGCGAUAGCGAUGAAGCCGAUAUGGAUUUAUCGGAUUGA